UGUCUCGAGAUUCACUUCCGGUUUCUCAGGCGUGUCCCAAUUGCACGCGCUGUUCCUCAGACGCCCUUAAUUAACCCGUUCGCUGGAGAAGAGCUUAAAAAAAAAAAUAAGUGUACUGUCUCUUUAAGAUCGCUGACUGCUCCACUUCGUAUUGAUCCAGCCACCAUUUUCCAGCGCGCUGAGCGGCGGCAGUGGCAGCGACGGCGGCAACACACAGCCCUUACCUGGAGACACCAGGAGCAGGGGGCAGUCAUGGCAGCCAAUAUGUACCGGGUUGGAGAUUAUGUUUACUUUGAAAACUCCUCCAGUAACCCACUGCUCAUCAGGAGAAUAGAGGAGCUCAACAAGACGGCGAAUGGGAACGUGGAGGCCAAAGUGGUGUGUUUCUACAGACGCAGAGACAUCUCCGCCACACUUGUCGCCCUAGCAGACAAACAUGCACGAGAGCUGGAGGAGGAGAUGGAGAACCCUGAGAUGGUGGACCUGCCAGAGAAACAAAAACACCAGCUGAGACACAGAGAGCUCUUCCUCUCCAGACAAUUGGAGUCUCUGCCUGCUACACACAUCAGAGGAAAGUGCUGUGUGACUCUUCUCAAUGAGACAGAAGCCCUCAAGUCCUACCUAGACCGAGAGGACGCAUUUUUCUACUCUCUGGUGUACGACCCUCAGCAGAAAACACUCUUGGCUGAUAAAGGCGAGAUCAGAGUGGGGAAUAAGUACCAGGCAGAAAUCACCGACCUCCUCAACGAGGGAGAGGAGGAUGGCAGGGAGCUGGCCAAACUAGAGGAGAAAGUGUGGGAUCCCAACAGUCCUCUUACAGAGAAACAGAUCGACCAGUUUCUUGUAGUGGCUCGGUCUGUGGGUACGUUUGCGCGGGCUUUGGACUGCAGCAGUUCAGUUCGGCAGCCCAGUCUACACAUGAGUGCUGCAGCUGCCUCCAGAGACAUCACACUGUUCCAUGCCAUGGACACGCUGCACAACAACGGCUAUGACAUGACACGAGCAAUUGCUGCUUUGGUGCCUCAGGGUGGCCCUGUACUCUGUCGAGACGAGAUGGAAGAGUGGAGCGCCUCGGAGGCCAACUUGUUUGAGGAGGCACUGGAGAAAUAUGGCAAAGACUUUACCGAUAUCCAGCAGGAUUUUCUUCCUUGGAAAUCUCUGACUAGCAUAAUUGAGUAUUACUACAUGUGGAAAACCACAGACAGAUACGUUCAGCAGAAAAGGUUAAAAGCAGCGGAAGCAGAGAGCAAGCUGAAGCAGGUCUAUAUUCCUAACUACAACAAGCCCAAUCCAAACCAGUUGAGUGUGAACAGCGUGAAGCCAGGGUUGGUGAACGGGGCUGGGGCAAUACCUGGGGCAGUGAGUCAGCCAGCAGGACUGGGCCGCGCAUGCGAGAGCUGCUACACCACCAGUUCCUAUCAGUGGUACUCAUGGGGGCCUACCAACAUGCAGUGCAGACUGUGUGCGUCCUGCUGGACCUACUGGAAGAAGUACGGUGGCCUGAAGAUGCCCACGAGACUGGAUGGAGAACGGCCUGGACCUAACCGCAACAACAUGAGUCCUCAUGGUGCACCAGUGAGACACGGUGGGAGUCCAAAGUUUGCAGUGAAGACCAGACAAGCGUUCUACCUGCAGACCACUCAGCUGACAAGGACAGCAAGGCGUAUCUGCCAAGAUCUGCUCAAGUCCCGCUUUCUGGCUCGUCACCCCUACACACCCGUCAACACAGCAGCCAUCAAAGCAGAGUGUGCAGUGCGGUUGCCAGAUAUGUCCAAAAAGCCCAUAUCUUUGAGGCAUGCUGUCCGGAAGCCUCUGGAGUCUGUGGUUAGAUAUCUGGAGGCCCACCCAUGCCCACCUAAAGCAGAGCCCCCACGAGGAGCCUCCAUAUCCACAGGUAGCUUGACUCCCAUCAAGUCCUCCCCCAUCCUGAACAACGGCUCACCCACCAUCCUCGGCAAACGCACCUAUGAGCAGCACAAUGGCCUAGACGGGUCCAAGUCUAAAGUGCUGGGUCCUCAGUGGGACAUCAUGUCCAAGCGAAUGUCUGAGCAGGGACGUCCCCCCUCUGCCAUGCAGGACAAUGAAGUACAUGAACUUGACUGACCCCUUCUGUGACCUCUGCCCUUUAGUACGGACAACAGGUAAACGGAGAGGUGUUUUUCCAAUUCUCAGUGGUGGAAAAAUCUCGGGGAGGAUCUGUGGUCAACAUUGCGCUAUAUUAGAGCCAGUGUUUUUGUUCAGGUUUAUGGGCUAGAACAGGCACUGACCUGACUGUAUAGGACUGCAUUCAAUAUUUACCAUAUAUUGCUAAUUCUGUUUAUUAUUAUUAUUAUUAUUAUUAUUAUUAGUUCAAGUCUUGUUAUUCUUUUUUUUAACCAAAUGUAAUCGUUUGUUUUUAGUUAAAUGAUGAAACUUGUUUCUUGAAACAGCUUGCUCACAAGUCUGAGGGGGGGAAACAUGGACUGUCUUAUUGGCCUGUUGCAUUAUUUUCUUUGUCAGCUACUCAGAAAGAGAGACAGGCAUUUCUUUCAGACUGCCCUUUUCAUUCUGCUUGUCUUUGUUUCAAUGCUCGUAUUAUUCGGUUUCUUCAGUUCACCCUGCCCUGACGCCACAGGCAAUUAACUUAUUGAUUAAGAUGACUGAAUGUGUUCUUUUUCUACCUUUUUCACAAGUAUUGCAUCUAUGCUUCUAUGGUGUAAUUAAAAAAGUUGUUUCUCUUUUGUGAAUAUGUAAAUGAGAACCGUAUGGAGGCAUUAUUGUACAGUGGUGCAUUUUGCGCCUCCCGUGUUUAUCAAGGCUUGUUAUAAGGAAUUUGCCAUGUACAGCAUAUUCUUUUUGUAAGGAAACUCUCUUGGAAGUCUAAAACGAUACUGCUCCAUGAAUACAGUGCAACUUCUUAAGAAUGAUACCA